AUGGCGUCACAAGCACCAUUUGACGCCGAAUCCGCCGGCAACAAUGAGGAGAUGGAGCAGCAAUUUGCUGUCAAGGCUGUCCAUCAUAUGACAGUCUACUGGUCUAUCCUCGAGAAAAUGCCCGGCUCUAAGCUGAGACUCACCCGGUUGGACGAUGAGAUUUAUGAGCAUUUCAAGAAAGAUUUCCCCGAGUUUGACCCGGCUGAGGAGAUCGACGAGGACAAGAUGAAGAGCAAGGCGGGUAAGGAGCGGUGGCGGAAGUUCUGCAUGGCUUAUGCAGAAGGCAAAGAUAAGGUCGAGGACUACAAUUUCGGUUCCAUGCUGCGCAAGAGUGCAAAGACCGAGUAUGGCGAGAAAGAAACUAUCUUUGCUGUUCGAAUGCAGUUCUACGCCGUCGAGAUCGCGAGAAACCGGGCUGGACUCAACGACUGGGUUUACGAGAAAGCACAGGCCGAGUCCAAGAAGUGA